AUGGGGAGGUUAAUGCAUGUUGCGACAUGCGCUCUCAAUCAGUGGGCUCUGGACUUCAAUGGAAACAAGGACCGCAUAGUAGAAUCCAUCCGAAUCGCCAAGAGUAAAGGAGCAAAGCUUCGCGUGGGGCCUGAGUUGGAAGUCAGUGGGUAUGGCUGCCUCGACCACUUCCUCGAAGGGGAGAUCUACGAGAAUUCCAUGGCCAUGCUCCAACAGAUCCUCGAAGACAAGUCCCUCCACGACAUCAUUAUCGACCUUGGAAUGCCCGUUCUCCACCGCGGGAAUCGCUACAACUGCCGUGUCGUCAUCCUUAACUCCAAGAUCCUCAUGAUUCGUCCCAAGAUGCAUCUUGCCAACGACGGCAACUACCGCGAGAUGCGCUACUUCAUUCCCUGGAAAAAGCCUCUAAAGGUUGAGGAGUUCGUUCUACCAGAUGAAAUCGCUAAGAUUCAGGGCUCGAGGAAGGUGCCUAUUGGAGAUGCAGUGCUGAGCACGAACGAUGCUUGCAUUGGUGUCGAGAGCUGCGAGGAGCUAUUCGUGCCGGAGAGUCCGCAUAUCAAUAUGGGCCUGAAUGGCGUCGACAUCAUCACCAACUCGUCGGGCUCCCAUCAUGAGCUGCGCAAACUUGAGACCCGCAUAGCGUUGAUUCUAGAAGCCACACGCAAGAACGGCGGAGUUUACUUGUACAGCAACCAGAAAGGCUGUGACGGCGACCGCCUUUACUAUGAUGGGUGUGCUAUGGUUAUCGUUAACGGCCAGAUCGUCAAUCAGGGAAGUCAGUUCAGCACGACCGAUGUAGAGGUUGUCACUGCUAUCGUGGACAUCGAGGAAGUCAAUUCGUUCCGAACCAGCCCUGCGAGAGGCGCACAGACCCAGUCUGCUCCAGAAUACACACGCAUCGACGUCGACUUCUCUCUCGGACAGGGCGAAACCGAUCUCGACCUCGACGUGUUCCCAAACAAGGCCCAAUCUCUGCGUGUCCACGCUCCCGAGGAAGAAAUCGCCCUCGGUCCAGCGUGCUGGUUGUGGGACUACCUCCGUCGGUCCAAAUCCGCAGGCUUCUUCAUUCCUCUGUCUGGUGGCAUCGACAGCUGCUCCACGGCAACACUCGUCUUUUCUAUGUGCCGCAUAGUCUAUGCUUCAGUCAAGGACGGCAAUGAACAGGUCAUUGCAGACGUCAAGCGCAUCUGCGGCCCUUAUCACCACGACAACAACUGGCUUCCCAGCUCUCCACAAGACCUCUGCAACUCAAUUCUCCACACGGCUUACAUGGGAAUGGCCAGCCAGUCCUCCAAUGAGACCCGAUCUCGCGCCGAGCGUAUGGCCAAAGACAUUGGCGCAUACCACACAGACCUAAACAUCGACCUAGCCUUUGACGCGCAGCGCCAAAUCUUCACCCAAGCUACAGGUUUUGACCCCAAGUUCAAAGUCUACGGCGGCACCCAAACCGAGAACCUCGCAUUGCAGAACAUUCAAGCCCGCCAGCGCAUGGUAACCGCCUACAUGCUCGCUCAACUGCUCCCCACCGUCCGCCAGCGCGAUAAUGGCGGUGGCCUCCUCGUCCUCGGCAGCGGCAACGUCGACGAAUGUCUCCGCGGCUACCUCACCAAGUACGACUGCUCCUCCGCAGACAUCAACCCCAUCGGCUCAAUUUCCAAAACCGACCUCAAGCGCUUCGUCCGCUGGGCCGCCAAGUCCUUCUCCCUCCCCAUCCUCGACGAGUUCGUCGAUGCCACCCCCACCGCCGAGCUCGAGCCCAUCACCGCAGACUACGUGCAAUCCGACGAAGCAGAUAUGGGCAUGACGUACGCGGAACUCUCCGACUUCGGCCGCCUGCGCAAAGAGAAAAAGGCAGGCCCGUACACGAUGUUCUGCCGGCUUGUGCACGACUGGAAGGACCGCGCGAGUCCGAGAGAGGUCGCGGACAAGGUGAAGAGGUUCCACCACUUUUACGCCAUCAACCGGCAUAAGAUGACGACUAUGACGCCGAGUUAUCAUGCGGAGGCGUAUAGUCCCGAUGACAAUCGGUUUGAUCUGAGACCUUUUCUGUACCCGUCGUUCUGGGAGUCUUAUUCUUUUAAGAUGAUUGACCAGCGGGUGGAGUUGCUGGAGAAGAGGGCGAAGGAGGGUGGGAAGAGCUAG